ACAAAUACUCCAAUGAUGGCUCAAUUAUUGUCAUACCCUCUAGCUUCAACAUUUCUAGCAUUUCUAGCUACAAUUAAUCUUCUUUCAAUGGCCACCUUCAUUUUAAGGUCUAAUAAACUAGUCCAUGCAUUGAGCUUGUUUUGUCUCAUGCUAAUGAUUCAAAAGGGUGAUGCCUAUGAUUUCAUAGUUGGAGGCCAAAAGGGUUGGAGUGUUCCAAGUGAUUCCAAUAUCAAUCCUUUCAAUCAAUGGGCUGAAAAGAGCCGUUUUCAAAUAGGAGACUCCCUAGUGUUCAACUACCAAUCUGGCCAAGACUCAGUGCUUUAUGUAAAGAGUGAAGACUAUGCAAGUUGCAACACUGCUUCACCUUAUGCAAAAUUCUCUGAUGGUCACACACUCAUCAAACUCAACCAAUCAGGACCUCAUUUCUUCAUCAGUGGAAACAAAGACAACUGUCUCAAAAAUGAGAAGGUAACAGUGAUUGUGCUGUCUGACAGGAGCAACAGCAGCAGCAACAACAGCAGCAACAACAACAACUCAUCAAACAAUGCUUCUCCACCUUCACCACAAUCAUCAUCAUCAUCACCUCCUUCACCAGCACCUGCUAACCAAGAUGGUCAAUCUCCACCUCCAGACACAAACCAAACACCAUCUCCUACUACUAGUGAUAAAGGACACCCUCCUCGAAAUGGUGCUGCUUCAUUCUGUGUUAGCUUAGCUGGUUCUGUUGGAACAUUCAUGGCUUCAGUUUUAAUUUUAUCUAAGUAUAUAUGAGUGGUUGGGUAUUUUUUAUUUUUUUAUUACAUUUUUUUUAUUCUGAUCUUUGUUUCCUAUAUUUUGAGUUCAGUACUAUGAACUAAGUGUUUGGUUCAAUGUUGGAUGUUGUUUGAUAUUUGUUUGUGAAGAUUGAAAAAUAAACUGACAAUAAUUUAUAUAUA